AUCACUUCAUACAGCACAGACAGAAGAGCAUCAUCACGUCUGCACUGAGGACAUCAUGAAGGCUCUCAUCAAUACAGUGGGACUCCUGCUGCUGCUCACUGUUUACUGCACUGCCAUGCCUCAAGCCUUGAAUGAAAUGACGCCCGGAUCAUGCUGCUUUCAAUUCUAUACAGGACGGGUGCCGCAGCUGCAAAUUAUUUCCGUCAUCAAGACUCACAGCAGCUGUCAGGAAAAGGGAUUUGUGAUCAGCACUGCCAGAGGGAAUGAGAUCUGCGUGAGCCAGAAUGUGAACUGGGCACAGAGAGCUUUCAACCAACAGCAAUUCAGCAGCAAAUGAUGAAACAUCUCCAUCUACUCACCCUCAAGCCAUGAUACAGCUCCGUCUGAUCUUUCAUGAUAACGAAAACAUCUGUUUUCCAAGACGGUUUUUAGUGCAGCUAUUGAUUGUUUUGCUGAUUGCUUUAUUCUUUUUAAUUGCAUUCUACAAAUAUAUCGAUAUAUGCAUUCAUAAAAUGAAAAUAAAAAUGCUUUAUACAACUUAAUAUAGCUGUCAACUCUCACAGAUUUGUGAUGUAUUGCAAUUUUGCUUAGCUCACAAAAGAGAAGACCUGCACACUGUGUAGUAUAACUUUUUAUUCAGAGUGAUUCAAUCCUGCAUUAUCGUUCUCACGUCUAAAGGUUAAUGUAAGAUGACAUUACUUAGAAGAAGUCACAAAACGCCUCUCUACACAGUAUGUUGACAAAAUCAACCACAGGAAGUUAGCAAUGAGAAUAGAGGAACAUAUACACAUGCAUAACAGUAAUACUGCAGCAUGUUAAAAUGCUCCCAGCAUCUGUCUUGCAUUCAUGGUCCAAUCUCUCAGUAUAGGCCACAAUCAAGUCUGUAUUAGCCUGAAAAAAAUCAUGAAUGGGUGAAUUUGAUACAUCCCACAUUUUUCCUACAGUUGGUUGUCUAUAUCUUUGAGGUGUGGCAAAUUCAGCAUCUGCUGUAACUCUUAAAUUCAUUAUGUAAUUGCAAAUACUAACAACACAAUGGCUAUAACACCACAGUCAUAAGUGUAAGUUGCUUGACAUUUUGCACAACUCAUCCACAUACACAGCCUUAAUACUCCUGGAUAUGAUUUAGACAAUAUCCAAAAAUCAUGGUUAUCAGGAAAUCAGCAAAUCAUCGUAUCAAUGUGUGUUUUCAUGCAGAUCAGGAACCAGAUACAGCUUUAAAAAUGGAUUCACUGUUAACAGCACAACAGCUUUUUUGCAUGGGUGUCACAAAAAAACAAGAGAGAGAGAGAAACAAUAUCUUGUGA